AUGCCUACCCGUAGAGGGUACUACUCCCUACCUACCUACCCAGCCGACUCCCCUAACUAUACUCCAACGAACCGUGGCUCGGUCGGGUCAGUUCAGAGAAGGGAAAACAGUACAGAACCAGAGAAAAGAAAGGAACAAGCAGACGAGGCAGAAUGA